AUGUUGCAGACCAUAACACUCAGUACACCUACCUGCCCACUUUACUUACAGGCCUCGAAAGAGGAGAAGCGGUUCGAUUUCAGAGACGUAUGCUCCUCGUCAGGAGAAAUCCCGGCCCUUUUUAAUCGUCUGCCGGAAGAACUCGUUGAUCAUGCCUUACACACACUCCAAGAUGCAGGCGUCGAACUUAUCGAAUGGAGGUCGCUGCUGUACAGACGCAUGGGCGUUCCUGUUUUGAUUAAGGAUUACCACUACCUUGUUCGUGACGAGGACCUCCACGCCGCAUCGGACAUCCUUCUGCAUGAGGGUCUGCCACUAUCAUCACCACCUCCUCUGUUAAUCGAGACCGGUGGGGACUUCUAUACACAGGGCCACAUGCACCGUCUUACGCCAUCAAGUUCCGUUGGUCUUGCCCAGCACCUUGUUCUUUACCCCUCCUCAUUCGCCUCCUAUAUCCCAUCUGAGCUUUCGCCCGCUCCCUCGCUCAUUCCCCUCGCCUCGCCGCUGUGCAAAUCUAUCCUAGUACCUCGCCAGAGUGCUGUUUACGCUUCCAUCCUGCGCAUGAUGCAGCGAUAUCCACGAUGGUCGUCCACACGUUCGACCCUGGAGACACAUCUGUCUGAGCUCAUCGGCUACAAUCUAUAUGAUCUCCAAGAUGGUUACGUGGACGUCGAUGAUGAGGAGUCAUGCCAGGCGCUCGAGGUCGAUCGACGGGUUGAGGACGCGGUAGAGAUUGUCCGAGGAUGGAAUCAUACUGGUGUGUGGCGUGUGGGAGAGGAAUGGAUGGGCGAUGCUCUGGCAGCGGUCGUUAAAGGGCCAGGAGACAUAGACAGUUGA